GAUGGCUGCAAACUUAAGCUAUGAUAAAAUGCCUUCCCCGCAGUAACGUCGAAAAUUUGGAGUUCUUAGCAAGAUUUAGGGUUUUGGUAACUCGAUCUCUCCACCUUUCUCUGUUCUUGAAAUCACAACAAGCUUCAAACUGAUAUCAGAAUGGCGGUUGAUGGAAAUUCGUUCGAAGUCACCCCCGAGACAGAGACAUUUCUUUGUGAGCGAUUAUUGGACCAAACGCAGCCAAUUUCGGAGCGGUUUAGAGUUCUAUUCUCCCUCCGAAAUCUUCGAGGCCCUGCCCCUCGCAAUGCUCUGAUCCUGGCAACAAAAGAUUCUUCAAACCUAUUAGCACAUGAGGCUGCCUUUGCUUUGGGUCAAAUGCAAGAUGCUGAUGCUAUUCCUGCUUUGAAGCUUGUUCUUAAUGAUCUUUCUUUGCAUCCUAUUGUACGCCAUGAGGCUGCAGAAGCUCUUGGUGCCAUUGGUUUAGAGAGUAAUAUUCCUGUUCUGAAAGACAGUUUGGAUUCAGAUCCAGCACAAGAGGUUAGAGAGACAUCUGCACCUGCUUCUUGCUCUUCUGUACAUGAUCUAAGGGAAGUGAUUUUAGAUGAAGAAAAGGGGAUGUACGAGAGAUAUUCAGCUCUUUUUGGACUCCGGAAUCAUGGAGGUGAUGAAGCAGUUGCUGCCAUAGUAGAAUCUUUGAAUGCAAAAAGUGCUUUAUUGCGACAUGAGGUUGCGUAUGUGUUGGGGCAAUUGCAAAACAAAUAUGCUUCAGAUGCACUCUCCAGGGUACUUAAGGAUGUGAAUGAGCAUCCUAUGGUUAGACAUGAAGCUGCUGAGGCCCUUGGCUCUAUUGCAGAUGAGGAGUGUAUCUCUCUACUUGAGGAAUUUUCCAAGGAUCCAGAGCCCAUUGUUUCACAGAGCUGUGAAGUUGCUUUAAGCAUGCUGGAUUUUGAACGUUCUGGCAAAUCAUUUGAGUACCUGUUUAUGGAGGCACCUCAAUUGCAGGAGGCAGCAUAAUGAAUGGUAUUUGACUUGAUUGUAGUUUUCUGAGAUAUCUAUCGAGCAUUGAGCUAUUGUCAUGAUGGGAUGGGAUGGGAUGUCUUCAUUCUUUAAACUUUAAACCAAACAAACACCUGGCCAUAUCUGUGUGACAUAUGAUAUGACUUUAUGCAGACAGGUAGGCUUGUCUAGAAUAUGAUAACAUGCAAUCUCAAACCUUUUUCUUAUUUCAUUAUUACAUCUUUUAGCUGUAAACCACAUAAUACCCAGAAAGAAAACUGAAGGCUAUCUUUGUACAUAUUUAUUUGGGAAAAUUGCAGAAAAUAACUCAUCCACUUAGAUCAACAGUCAACAAAGUUUAAAUUAUUUCCGCAAUAGC